UUUUUCUUCUUAAGAUCAGUAAUAUUUACUGAAGGCUGACAGACUUAAGGUGAUGCUUAUCGGUUAUCAAAAGGGAAUAAUUUUUCCUUAUUCUUUGCAAUAAUCGAAUGUGACAGAUGAACUGAUAAAAACCGGAAAUAAAUAGUCUUAAAAACAUUUGCAACUUGUCUUUUCUCCUUAGAAACACAAUAUUCCAAAGGAUACAGAAUUACACAAAAUUGCAGUCUUAGAUGAGAGAGUUUACAAAAGAAAUUCUAUGAAAUGAUUUAAGGAUAUGAUUAUUUGAGAGCUAAAGUCAUCGAGUUCGUAUCUCGAGCAAGUUGCUUCGAUUCAUAUUUGUUUACUUUAUUGAGCGUUGCUGAUGAAACAUUACCGUGAACUACUCGAGUAUUUUUUUUCCGUGAAAGAUACGGGCGUAAAGGGGAAAAAUUAUCACCUCAUCAAUAGUUUCUAAAUAGCCAUGCUUUGGAAAAAAAUAUCUAUGAGUUUUGAACUGUUUGAGGUUGAUGGUGCUACUUACUAGUCAAAAUGACUAUCACUUAUUCGCUAGAUGUAGCAAACACUCGUUUUUGUGGAUUUACAAAACUUUUAGGACGAUGGAAAGGGAGUAUUUACAAGAUUUUGUGGAAGGAAUUCAUAGUUUUUUCACUAGGAUACAGUCUUCUCAGUAUUAUCUACAGACUCAUCCUUGACGAGGAACAGAAAAGGUACUUUGAACGAGUAGUUCUUUUUUUCGAAGAUUUUAUUGAUCUGAUACCUUUGUCUUUUGUGCUUGGAUUUUAUGUGUCCCUUGUCAUUGGAAGGUGGUGGGAGCAGUUCGACGCAAUACCAUGGCCAGAUAGGAUAUGCUACCUGAUCAAUGCGUACGUGCAUGGAGCAGAUGAUAGAAGCCGAAUGAUACGAAGAACAUUGGGACGUUAUUUGAUUCUGCUACAAGCAAUAACUUUUCAAAGCGUAAGCACGGCAGUAAAGAAAAGAUUUCCAACCACUGGUCAUCUAGUUGCAGCUGGUAUAAUGACCAAGGAGGAAAGAACUAUAUUUGAAAAACUAGAUGCUCCAUAUGGAAAAUGGUGGCUUCCGGCUCAAUGGUUCAGUUCCUUAGCAAUGAGAGCCAGGAAGGAAGGUAGAAUAAAGGAUACCGUUUUGUUAAACGGUUUGUUAGCAGAAUUUGUGCGAUAUAGAAGUGCUUGUGGAUCGAUGUUUAAUUUUGAUUGGAUCAGCGUGCCUUUAGUUUAUACUCAAGUAGUGACGAUAGCAACAUACUCAUAUGCUUUGGCUCUGAUGGUGGGAAGGCAAUACUUAGAUCCAGUACGUGGUUACAACAAGCACCAGGCGGAUCUCUAUGUUCCCAUUUUCACCUUAUUGCAAUUUUUCUUCUAUGUUGGAUGGUUGAAGGUAGCUGAGCAAAUUGUAAAUCCUUAUGGUGAAGAUGAUGAUGAUUUUGAACUUAAUUGGUGUUUGGAUCGUAAUUGUCAUGUAGUAUUUGUCGUUGUGGAUCAAUUUCAUGCUAAACAUCCGAAGUUGCGCAAAGACAAGUUUUGGGAUGAGCUACUACCAGUAUUGCCUCAAACAAAAAUAUCAGCCAAAAAUAUUGAUAAUCCGCAAUUGGGAUCUGCUUUCAAUUUAGAAGUCCAUCCAGCUGAUGCAGAAUUCCUUCCAAUGGAUCUUGUGUUAGAAGAAGACAGUGAUGCCAAUAUGUACCCUAGUGAUUCUGUAAAGCAAGGGGCUGGAGUACGUUACAGACCGUCAUUUCUCGCAAAUAUUUUCGGUUCUAAUUUCGGGCAGAGUAUACGUCGAAGAUCUACCAAGUCUGAAAGUACGAAAGAUCCUCAAGGACACACUAAUCCAGCAUAUACUGCGACCAUGGAAAGAUUGGCACAACCACGUGGAAGCACUCCUGCAGACAGCAGAAAAUCAAGCUUGACAAAAAGAACUAGUCCAGCGCACAGUCGAGCUUCAAGCAUAUCAUUUCAUCCUAGCAGCAUCAGCCGACACAGACAUAAACUUUAUGAUGUCCAGCAGGCUGAGAAUAACAAUAUUCCCAAUGGCAGUCUUCCGGACUGUGAAGGAAGUGGAAUAGUGUCAGCUAUGGCAGCAGCCAUGGCCCCAGUUGUGGCUAAUUUUAACGAAAAUUCAAAUCUAGAAGAAAAGUUGGAACGGGAUCAGAAUAUAGAAUCAGAUCCGAAUCCCCUGACUUUGGCGUCGAUUCCAGAGGAACCUUCAAGGGUCGUUUCCGCAUUAAGUUUAGAGCGCGUUGAUGAGAGUGAUGCUAAUUCAACCACGCAACUCGAUGACGUGCAGAAUUUAGUCGCUGAAGCGAGUAAAGUAUUAGAAGAACUUAAUCGUGUCGUUAAGUCUCAGGGUCAUCGCAAAGAUUGUGAGUUAAAAGGAUACGAAUCGUGCUGUUCUCUCGGCAGUGAUGACAGUUCUGAAGAUGAAUAUACGCCCGAUCAAAUACAAGCUGCUCAAGAUGAAUACGAUUCCCAUUCUGUGACUAUUGAUAUGCCCAAAAUUACGACUCAAGAUGAAGAUGGAUCGCCACAUUCAGUGCUAUAAUCAAUUUAUGACUUCGACAACUUUUUUAUUUUAUUCAUAGUUUUUAACUGUAGAAUUCAAAACACUUUUCUCGUUCUGUUUUUUAACUUUAUUUUUACUAUUUGUAUUAACAACCGCAACUUAGCAUUGAAGUUUAAAUUUUGAUCAGUUGUUCUAAUGAGUUAAUAAGCUUGCAGAUGUAAAAUCUACUAACCGGUUUUAAAACAAACGAAAGUAAUCUAGGGAUAAAUUAGUAUUCCCUCGAGGAAAAAAACUUAAGCUAUCAAAAACUGAAGUAAGACGACUUGUUAAUUUCUUUGUAACAGUGCCAUCAACAUGUUUUACAUUUAAUCAAAUUAAGUAUAUUCAAUUAUUGUUACAGAAACUUAAACCAGUUGCUAUGGUUGUAAGCAAAUUUUAAUCUAUAUUUUUAAAUACAUAUAUUUUUCAAGAUUAAAUAUAUAGAUUUAAAUAUAAAUUGAGUUAAAAUGUUUUAAAAUUAAGUGAAAUGUUUAGUACUGAUAAUUCUUAUGUAGAAACAAUGUAAAUGUCAUUGCUUCAUUAGUACUAAAAAUGCUGUUUCUGAAAUACAAUGAUAUUUUAAUUUAAAAUAUUUGAAAAUAGACAGUUUAUAUAAUUUGUUUACUUUAAUAAAAUUUUCAGUCGGUGUUAUUACAAUAUUUUGAACUAAAUUUUAGGAUGUUUUAUUGAAACGAAUACAAUGUUUUAAGUUUCACUUUUGAAUUUGUUGGAUGAAAAACAUUCAAUGAUUUUAAUCUAUUAUCUGUUUGUUGUAUUAUUAUUUAGUGAAAAGAUAAAAAAAUUUUUUAAUUGUUUCAGUUUGCAUAUCAAAUAUGUAUUAAAAUAUUAUUAUUUGAGU